AAAUCUCCAUCGUCCGUUCGAGGAUCUUAUAAAUACUAUGAGUUGUCUAGAAAGAAAUUGGCUUCUCCAACUUCCUGGCAAGCUGAGAUAUACCAAUGACGCAUUCAAUCGAUAUCGAGAAACCCAAUGACCAGGCCUCUGUGGCUCAUAAUGAGUAUGCCAGCGACCAUGCCCUGGCUGUUUUGACGGCUCCGGUGCGAUAUGACAAUGGGCAGCUACGCGACAUUACCAAGUCGCCGUACGUAUUUGGGGCGGCUUUAUUGGCCUCUUUUGGUGGAUUUUCGUUUGGCUAUGAUCAAGGCGUCAUCUCGAUCAUUCUGGUCAUGACUCAAUUCCGGCAAUACUACCCCCAGACCCACCCGGAUAGUCCCAGCUAUGGCUUUCACGUUGGCUUUGUGACCGCAAUGCUCGAGCUGGGUGCUUUCGUCGGCUGCCUUUUCUUCCCGUCUGUGGCGGAUCGAAUAUCGCGGAAAUGGGGUCUGACGGUCGCCACCGUAUUCUUUGUGGUGGGUGCGAUCAUCCAGACAGCGGCAUUGAAUUACGAUGCUCUGGUUGCGGGAAGGUUUAUUGGAGGAAUAGGCGUGGGUACUCUGGCCAUGGGAGCUCCUCUGUAUAUCUCAGAGAUCGCACCUCCAGCCUGGCGAGGAUCCCUGUUAGUCCUGGAGUCCAUCAGCAUCGUGGUGGGGGCUAUUGUGGCAUAUUGGAUUACCUAUGCAACCAGAUCCAUAUCUACCGACUGGGCAUUUCGACUGCCAUUCCUGCUACAGAUCUUCCCAGCGCUGGUUGUAGGCUGUGCAAUCCACUUCUUUCCGUUUUCGCCGCGAUGGCUGGCUAUGAGAGAUCGCAAUGAGGACAGUCUUAUGUCAUUGGCUCGGCUGCGCCAGCGUCCUGGUCACGAUGAACAGGUGCAACAUGAAUGGAAGGGUAUUCUGUCAGAGGUGCGAUUCCAGAGGGAGAUACUCCUGCUAGAGUAUCCAGACUAUACAUCUAGGCCAUUAAUAGCCGGAAUCCGACAGUGGAUCGGGCUCUUUCGACCGAAAUACUUCCGCCGUACCCUAAUAGCAUUAGCCAUUCCCUUUUUCCAGCAGUUCUCGGGGAUAAAUGCAUUUGUGUACUAUGCACCCACAUUUUUCGAAGCCUUGGGCCAGAGUAGCGACAUGUCUCUCAUCCUGUCGGGUAUGGUAAAUGUUUGCCAAUUGAUAGGGGGAAUUCCAAUUCUCAUGUUUCUCGACCGUGUUGGCCGCAGAAGGCUGGCAGUCUUGGGUGGGCUGAUUAUGGCCAUUCCGCAUCUCGUGAUGGCAGGACUGAUGGGCAAGUUCAGUGGCGACUGGGCAUCCCAUCAGGCCAUCGGUUGGUUUUGUGUGGCGCUAAUUUACUGGUAUGUCAUAACAUAUGCCAUGUCUUAUGGGCCUCUUGCCUGGGUCCUGCCAGCCGAGGUUUUCCCGAGCUCCAAGCGUGCAAAGGGAGUCGGAGCUGCGACGGCAAUGAUUUGGCUGUCCAACUUCAUAAUCGGGGUUGUCGUUCCCGAGAUGCUGAUCAAACUGGGCUGGGGCACAUAUCUCUUUUUCGGGAUGUUCUGCCUUGGGGCGGCCGUAUUUUCGUAUAUCUUUGUUCCCGAGACAUCCAACCAGUCACUGGAGCAAGUGGCCGAGCUCUUCGGAGACAACAUGCACGGGGCCGAGCGUGACCUGCAUUGUAGGAUCGCGCGAGAGGUGUUACAUGAUCCGACAGGAAAUGGCACGCCCCCAUCCGGCAAGUCAAGCCAGAGUGCGAUUGCAAAUUAGAUAGAGUAGGCACCACUUGCUUGUUGGAGGAGACCUUAUCCUCCCUCGCCGUUCUCAGUCGUCAGUCAAUUCAACCAUCAUAAUGACCAUGCUCGGUCAGUCUUGCUCCGCCUGUCGAUCGCCAUGCUCGGACGGGUUUACUUUAGUGCAACCCCUCUUUAGAACUGCCGAGCUACUUUUCC